GCAAUGAAUAAAUCUGUUUACAAUGCGAUUCUUGCGUCGAAGAUUAUCAUUCAAAGUUAACAAAGACAUAUGUUGGAUGUCAUUGACUACCGAUAUCGAGCACUUCAUAGAUUGAAGAAUCUUGAACCUGAGCGAGCAUGUAUUCUCUCUGGCAGACCCGACAAAGCAGCAUGUACUUUAGAUACCAUCCCUUCGCCUUGUCGCUUCACUCAUCACAUCACCUCAGCGUUACUCGUAUCGCAGACACCUCAGCAUACCCCGCUAUGCCCUGGAAGAGAAAGGUGCUAAAUUAGUGAGGGCUCAAGAUGAGUUGAGGGCCUCUCCCACGAACAGCCUGCACCAUAUCUGCACACACCCUCAACUACCGGACGGCCAAUAACCGUCGAGCCCUUAAAUACUACCUCGCCCGACAAGCUCUCGGACCAGGCAUUUCACACUUGAUCUGUGAGAACCAGCGCACUGCCAUUAUUCCGGGUCUGUAGCAUGGACCCGCCACUCUGCCGCGUCCACAGCGCUCCACCGCCCUACUCUAUUCUGGAACCCAGCACUAUCCCACCAUCUCCGAACAAGAAGCCCACACAGAGCUCUCACACGCGUCCACACUUUCAAGAGCACUAUCAAAAGUCAAGACCAGAGUCGAAGACAGCGCCGCCCCUUCCGUGUACCACACCGCAAGAGUUGGCAGCACAAAAGCGCCGGACGGGGUGAAGAAGGCCGGGGUGGUGACGGCGAUGGCACGAGCCGCGGGGCCGGCAGGGGUUUUCGCGGGAGGCAUCUUAGGUGCAGGCGUUAUAGCCUACACGGGGGACAUGGAGGCAUAAGACGUACAAGCUGAAGGAGAAGCAGAGGGCGAUGAGGCUAGUACAGGAAGGAAAGGCGUGGUAUGAUGGGGAGGGGAACCUGGUGACUAAGGCGACGCAAGAGAAGCGGCAGAAGAAAAUGGUGGCAGAGGGCAAGGCGAUAUUUGAUGAGGAUGGGCUAUAUGUGGUGAUGGAGCAAAAUAACAUGACGACGAGUGGUGAUGAGGGGGAAAGGUUGGCAUGGUGGAGAAAGAGAAGAUCAGUGUUACUGUGGUUGAAAAAGAAGAGAGUUCACAUGGGCAGUGACAGUA